AACUCUCAAUAUGUCUUGAUAAGGAGAAAUAGGGAGUUUUCAAGAAAAAACAUGAUUGUCAAUUAGUUGGGGGUACCACAUGGUAAAUACCCCUGGUAUUGUAUACUUUAACGUUCUGAAGAACAAUGUUUUGUGAAAUAUAUCUAAAUUGGUGUUUGAGGUAUAAAGAAUUGUAUUUUAUUUAUUUAUUUUUUAAAAUCCAUUUCUACCUGAAACACGAAACUUAGGUUUACAAGUGCUAACCAACACACCCAAAGUGGGAAAUUCAAAUACCUACUCCAUCUCAUCAACUCCAUCUUAUUUUUCUGAUCUUUGGCUGUUGAGUUCACAAAAUAUAUAUCUACAUAAACAAACAUCCAAAGCCCAUCAACACCAUAACAAGGAAAACAUUUUCAUUUGCUUUGUAGUACUCAAAAAGAGCUCCUCAUUCUCUUCUGAGAGUCAUGGCAAACAAUGCCCUCAAGGGCGUACUCUCCCCGAUUCUCUUGGCCCUCAUUAUCAUAUCAGCAACAUCAGCCCAAAUCCUCCCCACCACCGCACCUGCAGCACCUGGUUCAAUCGGGACGCCUGUUUUACCUGGUUCAAUCGGGACACCUAUUUCGAGUGUAACUGCUGCUCCUGACCAUGGAUUGUCCUUCUUCAUGCAUGACAUACUAGGCGGGUCAAACCCCUCAACUAGAGCUGUGACUGGGAUCGUGACCAAUCCGGCUGUCAGCGGUCAAGUGCCCUUUGCCAAGCCUAAUGGUGCUGUCCUCCCAGUUAACAAUGGUGUCCCUAUCAAUAAUGGCAACAGUGGGAUCAUCAACAACAAUAACAUCCCAUUUCUCACUGGCCUUGGUGGAAGCACGACAAACGUGAUUCAAAACAACGGUAACAACGAUGUCAACGGAGGAUCAAGAUUUCCAAUUCUGAAUGGUGGCCAACUGCCUGCAGGGAGUACCAUUCAAAAGCUUAUGUUCGGGACAAUGACAGUUUUCGACGAUGAACUCACUGAAGGGCAUGAGCUCGGGUCGGGUUUGGUGGGCAAGGCACAAGGGUUCUAUGUAGCAAGUUCAGAGGAUGGAAGCAGCCAGGCCAUGGCCUUCACUGCCAUGUUUGUGAGUGGAAGUUACGUCGAUAGCCUCAGUUUCUUCGGUGUCCAUAGGACUGCUGCCUCGGAGUCCCAACUUGCCAUCAUGGGUGGUACUGGAAAGUAUGUGAAUGCUAAGGGUUUUGCCACAUUGAAGACGUUUCCAGCUACAAACCAGCACAACACUGAUGGGGUUGAGACUCUGCUGCAGAUUAUUGUGUAUCUUACUUAUUAGUACUUACUGGGCUAUGUACGUAUGCUGAAAUCUGUGUGUGAAAAAUGUGAUACCAAAAAGGUUUGUGUUUGUAAAAGUUUGUUUCAAUCUGAUAUGAGAAUC